GCGUGGUGGGGGCGCGGCCCAGGCCCCGCGUUAUCUUCCCCCGUGCGGCGGCGGCGUCGUCGUCGUCAGGGCCCUGGUGACCGCUUCCCCUCUCCUCCCGCACGGCGCCCCAGGCUCCUAGCUGCUGAAGCCCGAGUCGCGCUGUCUGUCCGCGGCGUUUCGCCGCCGGCACCAAGUGCAGCUUGAAGGCAUGACAUCGUUCCCAGUGUUCCUCGUGUCUGCGAGCACCGUCUGGUGGUCACUGCUCUACUUCGUCCUCUACCGCCUUAACCCAUCGCACGGCAAAGAGUGGAACUGCCGACUCGUCACCCUACUUCACGGGUGCCUCAUCGUUCCACUGUCAGCUUACAUCGGCUUCAUAGCAGGCCCUUGGCCAUUUACGCAUCCAGGUGGCCCUAAUUCAGAGCUGCAAGUUUUUGCCUUGUCCUUUUGUCUGGGAUACUUCAUAUUUGAUUUAUUGUGGUGUGUCUCAUAUGGAAAUGAAAGCAUUGUAAUGCUUGCACACCACAUAAUAAGCAUUUUAGGACUGGUAGGAUGCUUGUUCCUGGGUGUAUCUGCAACAGAGACAAAUGGUGUUAUAUUUGGGAGUGAAAUUACCAACCCUCUACUCCAACUCCGCUGGUUUCUUCGUAAAAUGGGACGGUAUGAGGACACCACCCUUGGCUUGUGCAUCGACGCCACGUUUGUUAUGUUGUUCUUUUGCGUCCGAAUGGGAGUUGGCACUAUCCUCCUUGUCUGUGUACUGCGAUCACCCACACCUAUACUCGUAAUGAAGAUCAGUGGUGUGGGAAUGUACACCAUUUCCUGGCUGUUCAUGGUCAACAUUUCCAAAUAUGUAAUGCGAAGAUAUCGAAAACUCAAACAGGCAUGCAAACCUUGCAAUGUCAUUUCAUCAUCAAGUCCUGCACAAGAAGACAGUGAAAUUGAAACUGCUGAAAAUGGACUUUCUUCCAACCCUGAUGUUUACAAGAAACAUAAUUGAAGGGCAUAAUAUAGGUUUUGUAUUUUAUUAAAAAAAAGUAUUUUCUUGCCUUUA